AUGCUCGCCAACGCGGCCACCAUGCGGAUCCUCAUCAAGGGGGGGAAGGUGGUGAACGAUGACUGCACACUGGAGGCAGACGUCUACAUCGAGAAUGGCAUCAUCCAGCAAGUAGGCCGUGAGCUCAUGAUCCCUGGUGGGGCCAAGGUCAUCGAUGCCACUGGCAAGCUCGUCAUCCCUGGCGGCAUCGACACCAGCACCCACUUCCACCAGACCUUCAUGAACGCCACCUGUGUGGAUGACUUCUACCACGGCACCAAGGCAGCCCUGGUAGGAGGGACGACGAUGAUCAUCGGCCACGUCCUGCCCGACAAGGAGACCUCGCUGCUGGAUGCCUAUGAGAAGUGUCGCAGCCUGGCUGACCCCAAGGUCUGCUGUGACUACGCCCUGCACAUGGGCAUCACUUGGUGGGCACCCAAGGUGAAGGCAGAGAUGGAGACGCUGGUGCGGGAGAAGGGGGUGAACUCCUUUCAGAUGUUCAUGACCUACAAGGACCUGUACAUGCUGCGGGACAGCGAGCUCUACCAGGUUUUCCGGGCCUGCCGUGACUUCGGCGCCAUUGCCCGUGUCCAUGCUGAGAACGGCGAGCUGGUGGCUGAGGGAGCAAAGGAGGCUCUGGACCUGGGCAUCACAGGGCCAGAGGGCAUCGAGAUUAGUCGGCCCGAAGAGCUGGAAGCCGAGGCCACACACCGCGUCAUCACCAUUGCCAACAGGACCCACUGCCCUGUUUACCUGGUGAAUGUCUCCAGUAUGUCCGCAGGGGAUGUCAUUGCUGCCGCCAAGAUGCAAGGGAAGGUGGUGUAUGCGGAGACGACCACAGCGCACGCCACGCUCACUGGGCUGCACUACUACCACCAGGACUGGUUCCAUGCUGCUGCCUAUGUCACCGUGCCACCGCUGCGCCUGGACACCAACACCUCGGCCUACCUCAUGAGCCUGCUCGCCAACGACACUCUGAACAUCGUGGCCUCCGACCACCGGCCCUUCAGCACCAAGCAGAAAGCCAUGGGCAAGGAGGACUUCACCAAGAUCCCCCACGGCGUCAGCGGCGUGCAGGACCGCAUGAACAUCAUCUGGGAGCGAGGCGUGGUUGGGGGCAAGAUGGAUGAGAACCGCUUCGUGGCCGUGACCAGCUCCAAUGCUGCCAAGAUCCACAACCUGUACCCCCGCAAAGGCCGGAUCAUCCCUGGGGCUGAUGCCGAUGUCGUCGUCUGGGACCCUGAGGCCACCAAGACCAUCUCGGCUAGCACCCAAGUGCAGGGGGGGGACAUCAACCUGUACGAGAACAUGCGGUGCCACGGGGUGCCCCUGGUCACCAUCAGCCGCGGGCGUGUGGUCUAUGAGAAUGGUGUCUUCAUGUGUGCUGAGGGCACCGGCAAGUUCUGCCCACUCCGCUCCUUCCCGGACUCUGUCUACAAGAAGCUGGUGCAGCGGGAGAAGAGCUUAAAGCUGCGGGGUGUGGAUCGCACCCCAUACCUGGGGGAUGUGGCUGGGGGUGUGUGUUGCGGGGAAAAAGAGACA